UGAGUAUCCAAUGUGACAUUAAAGCUAAAUAGAAAAAAAAUUUGUUACAAUACUUUUAUCUAAUUGUAUAUUUUACUCGGCUCAUGUGAUUUGUAAAAAUCUUCGAUUUUGUUUGUUUGUUUUUUUGUUUUCCUCAACGGGUUUGUAAUAUAAUUUAAUAAGUCAAAAUUCUUGAUAUGGACAGUUCGAUCAUGGAUAAUCCAAUUAAUUCGUUAAAUGGACUAAAUCUUCCAUCAUCAAAUAAAAGCACAUUUCAAUCACCAUUUUUACAAGUUGAUCCCACCAUAUUUCGUUCACCCGAUGUGAUUUCAUCCGAAUUUAUAUUUCCGGAUGGUGGAACAAAACCAAGCCGUGGACGUUUCGAAAUGGCUUUUUCGCAAAUUGGUGGUUCAAUUAUGACCGGUGCUGUGAUUGGUGGUGCCAUUGGAACAUAUAAAGGUCUUAAAGAGGUGGCUCAAAUGAACGAAUCGAUUGCAAUUAAACGAAGUCAUAUGUUAAAUUUUAUUACACGAAACGGUGCCUCAAUCGCUAAUACAUUUGGUAGUAUCACCUUGGUUUAUUCGGCUAUUGGUGUUGGCCUUAGUUUUGUACAAGAUGACAACGAUGAUAUUAAUACAAUGAUUGCUGCAACAACAACGGGAACAUUAUAUGGUGCUAUAAGCCGAUCAAAAGCAAUGGAUAAUGUACAAGGAUCAUUAUUAACACGAAUGCGUUUGAAACGAGCUGGAUUUGGUCUUACAUUUGGUGCAUUAGCUGGUGCAGCAUUGAUCCUUCUACUUAAUCCGGAUAGUAAAAUGAUUUCACAAUUAAAACAUCGUUAAUUUUUUUUUCUCAUUCUGGUCCCACAUUUCACAUUUGAAACAAUGAAAACAAAACGAUUCAAAUCCUAAACAAUUCUUACACAUUUUGUAUACAUAUAUAGAAUUCGAUUGAUGAAAUUUUUUCAAUAAUAAUUUAUGACGCUGUUU